GCAAAUGAAAACUGCCUCGCCUUUCCCUUUCUCUGUGCGACAACCGAAUGCAAGAAAGAGAAAAAAAUUAGAAAAGAAGUACCAAAGUGAAUUGUAGACAGAGGAAAAGGAGCUGUUAAAUCUUCAACAAUGGCGGUUCAUACUGGUUCUAGGGUUUUGUGAUCAACAGUUACUUCCAAAAUUCUCCAUGGAAAUGCCCGGUCGAAGAUCCAACUACUCUCUCCUUAGCCAGUAUCCGGAAUCUGUGUCGAUCUCCGGUCCUCGGCCGUCGUUUUACGAUUCUCAAUCCAGCGAAAGCACUACUACCAAAAGUAGCAUCAGUAAGACGAAAUCUGAUAGGUUAUUACACGAUUGGGAUCAGAACCAGCAGACAUCUAAUCGAAUCGGGGGUGGUGGUAUCUUUCCAUCGUCGAUCGGUUCGCAGCGGCAAUCAAGUGGUAGCAGUUUCGGAGAGAGCUCGCUCUCCGGAGAAUAUUAUGCACUUACUCCGUCUGCUGCGGCAACAAACGAGAUCGACACGUUCAGCUAUGGACCAGAAGACAGCUCGAGGUCAGUGGACCUGAGAAUGAAGGCCACAGAUGGUCCAGGAGGCUCGGCAUCGGGGAAGAGCUGGGCGCAGCAAACGGAGGAGAGUUACCAGUUGCAGUUGGCGUUGGCUCUAAGGCUUUCUUCCGAGGCUACCUGCGCGGAUGAUCCGAAUUUUUUAGAUGCGGUUCCAGAUGAGUCUGCGUUGCAGACGGUCAGUUCGAGCUCUGCAGAGACAGUGUCCCAUCGAUUUUGGGUUGUUGCAUAAGGGGGUAUAAGUGAUGAUAUUGAUUGUGGGGUUAUUGCAUAAGGGAUGGUGACAUCGUGUUAGUAUUACAGUGACGAAUGAGAUGGAAAUCUAAUAAAGACGGAAAUUACUACUCAAUUAAUACCUCGCUCUAGGCAUCUUUUACUGUUGUCUGUUAAACUAUGGGUUGUCUAG